CGGGGCGGGGGUUGCCACGGCAACGGGGCACGCGACCCAAUCGCGGCGGCCUCCGCGCGGCUGGUAACCGUGGCAACGGAGAACUCGAGUCAUUGAAGGCCAGGGCGCCAUGGCGGAGACUGCAUCCUUACCUGAAGCAACAGAACUUCUAAAAGCCCGCCUAGCAAGAGUGCCAGAACUGCCUAUUCUGGAGAAAAGGAACUGGUUGAUCCACCUGUACUACAUCCGCAAAGACUAUGAUUUGUGUAAGAUUGCUAUAAAAGAGCAACUUCAGGAGACCCAUGGGAUGUGUGAAUAUGCAGUCUAUGUUCAAGCUUUGAUAUUUCGCUUGGAAGGGAAGAUUAAUGAAUCACUUGAGCUGUUUCAGACUUGUGCUAUCCUCAAGCCACGGAGUGCAGACAACCUCAAGCAGGUGGCCCGAUCACUGUUCCUUCUGGGAAAGCACAAAGCAGCCAUUGAAGUGUACAAUGAUGCAGCCCAGCACAACCAGAAGGACUGGGAGAUCUGCCAUAACUUGGGUGUCUGUUACAUGCAGCUGAAGUAUUUCAACAAGGCAAAAGAUCAGCUCAAUAAUGCCCUGCAGCUCAACCGACAUGACCUGACGUACAUGAUGCUGGGAAAAAUCCACUUGUUGGAGGGGAAUAAGGAUGAAGCCAUUGAAGUCUAUAAGAAAGCAGUGGAGUUCUCUCCAGAAAACACAGAGCUCCUUACAACUCUGGGCUUGCUAUACCUGGAGCGUGAGGAUUAUCAGAAAGCCUUUGAGCAUCUUGGGAAUGCCCUCACAUAUGAUCCCAGCAACUAUAAGGCCAUUUUGGCAGCUGGUAGUAUGAUGCAGACACACGGAGACUUCGAUGUAGCCCUCACCAAGUACCGGGUGGUAGCUUGCGCUGUUCCUGAAAGUCCUCCGCUCUGGAACAACAUUGGAAUGUGCUUCUUUGGCAAAAAGAAAUAUGUAGCGGCCAUCAGCUGCCUGAAACGAGCAAACUACCUCGCACCCUUUGACUGGAAGAUCCUGUACAACCUUGGUCUAGUCCAUCUGACAAUGCAGCAGUAUGCUUCUGCAUUCCAUUUCAUUGGUGCGGCCGUCCACCUCCAGCCGAAGUUGGCAGAACUCUACAUGUUGUUAGCAGUUGCGUUGACAAAUCUUGAAGAUGCUGAGAAUGCCAAGAUCGCCUAUCAGAAAGCUUCAGCAUUGGACACGUGCAAUCCUCUGAUAAAUCUCAACUAUGCAACCUUCCUCUAUAAUCGAGGGGACAAGAAAGAGGCCAUUCUCCAGUACUAUGAGAUGAAAAAAAAGGUCCACGCAUUGAAAGAGAACACACUCGAGUGUGAUCCUGAGAUGGUGGAGGUAGCCCAAAGACUGGGGGCUGCCUUACAGCUUGGAGAGGUUGCAGUCUGGACUAAGCCUACAAAAGAUUCCAAAUCAAAGCCCCGAGGGACUACAUCCAGAAAGUCUUCCAAUGCCCAGCCUUUGGGUUCGAAUCAAGCCCUGGGACAGGCGAUGUCUUCUGCCGCUGGGUAUGCAAAGACCAUGAUUCCAGGUUCUGGAAAUUCAACUCAAGUGGCAAAGGCUCCCUCCUUCCCACUAGAGCCUAAGCCCAACUCAGAGUCUGGCCAUGAAGAAGCCAUAACUCCUGCAGAGGAACAAGAGCAAAGUGAUCCAAGCCAGGCAACAGAAGGAGGCAAGGACUCCUGAAGAGAUAGGCCCAACCUGAAUGGAUUUAUAGGGUCCAAGUCUGAUGUUCAUUUAGUGCCCCACAAACCUUGAUCCAUUGUAAGGUGGAGUGCUUCACUCCUUCCUUUUCCCUGCCAAGCAAACAGAAUGUUUGGGAAUUGCGUACCAAAUCUACUUUCUUCAGCAUUCUAUGCACAGGCAUGUUGAAGAUGCCAUCAAGAGUGAAAUUUUGGAAUAGCCUUUACUGAAGAUAGCUACUUUCUUGGAGCAAGAAGUAGGGUAAUAACCAAGUCCCUGGUGUCCUCUACAAAUGGAGAUUGCAACCGUCUCAUUCUUCUCUUGUGGCUUUGAUUUACCUUUUCAUAACUCAUCUGAAUUAUCAGCCAGCUGUUAGUGGCUGGAGGCCAAUAUGAGGCAGCUGUUGCAACCCGCACACCAACGGCUUUGCUCAACACUGUCAAAUUUGGACUGGAUUCAGCUGCAGAUGCUUUUGCACAUUUUCUGCUGCUACUUUGGAUGCUAGAGGGAUUAAGCUAGAUAACUAUCAGAUAGCUUCCCAAUAAUUGGGAUGGGGAACUUUAAUCUCACAGCAGUUCAACAGAAGAGAACGACUUUGUAUAAUGGGGAAGCUUUUAUACAUGUAAAAAUAUUUAAUAAAUAGAUUGAAAGCCCUUCUAA